UGUUAACCUAACCUCUACCUCACAACUCUCAUCUGUAUUUUUUUCGUCGAGUUAAAUGGGAAUGCAUGGUGAAUAAAAAGUAAUUGCUUCUCUCGUGCGUUACGCGUUUAUUGCAUUAAAUCGAGCAGAUUUUUUUUGUAUUUAGUUUAAGUGUUUAAAGAAACCGGGUCGGUUCCCUCGAACAAAAUGGAUACAAUUUUUAAAGUUAUUAACAAAUGUAUACUUAUUAUUAUUCUUACGAAAAUCCAACUGAGUAUGAGCAAAGAGGAACCUCAUCCUGAAUUAUACUUGGCUCCUAGAAAUUUUAACCCUCAUCCUUAUGAACACGGCGCCACCAGUGCACAGACUAGUGGUCCUGGCAACGGUCCUGUUUUAUUCCCGAGAACUCCCGAGGACGAGGAAGACAAUAAUAAAAGACAAAAUAACAUUAUCACAAUACCUAAAGGAUUUGUAAAUAAGAAUGCACACCCUGUAGAUAAUCAUCCUUAUUCAAGGGUAGUAAAGAAGAACAAGUAUAAGCUGGUGGGAAAAUAUCACAAUAGGGACAGCAAACUAAAUCCAGUCAUAGCUCAAGCUUUAGGUAGACAUGCUGCUAAAGUUUUGUCUAGGCCUGCUGAUAAGUUGAAAGAUGACUACGAUGAGAGUUAUCCUGUACAAAAAGAAAACCACAAUUACAAUAAAAUAUUCGACCAAAACUACAAUCAAAAUUAUGAUCAAAAUUACGCCUUUGCCUAUAAAGUAGUGGACGCAAUUACUGGUGACGACUUUUCACAUCGUCAAUCUCAAAAUGACAAAGCAACAAAAGGCGAAUAUCGUGUAAAACUACCGGAUGGAAGACUUCAGGUUGUGUCUUAUACGGCUGAUCACGAUGGUUACAAAGCUGAAGUAACUUAUACAAACGAUCAUUAUUCUCAAAACAUUCUCCCACAAGACAAUGUACAGAUCCAGAAAAUUCCGGUUAGACAAAUACAACCACACCAACAAAAAUUAUACACCAAUUAUUAUGAUGUUAAUCAGCCUAUUAAACAAAACCAAGUCGUAUUUGUAACAGAGGAACCACCUCACCAGGACAUAGAGUAUAGCAACUACGUAACUCCUCGACCUGGAGAUAUUUUCCUUCCUCAAAACAUCGUGGAUAAAGGGGCAAUCCAACCAAAAGUCCAAAUAAUAACAACAAAUCCAAGAGACUAUCAUCAAAGCAGUUACAUCCCUGUCACAGUCGCCCCACCUUUAUAUUACAGCACCCAGAGCCCGAUCCCUUACACGACACCAGCUCCAUUUAUAGAUACACAAAGCAAUUAUAUUGCAUCCACAAUAUCCCCUUUGGUUAUUAACAAUGGUAAUCAUGGACAUAUUGUUCCAAAAACUAGGGAAGAUUACGAAAUCCAAAAUAAAAAUUUCUUCUUGGUCACUACGGUAGCCCCUUCUACUGUACCACCCAAUGAACUUAUUAUUAAUGGUGCUAGAUACUCGUUGCUUAAAGGACAUCGUUUAGCUAAUUUAAACUAUAAAAAGAAAUAAAUUUAUUAUUUACCCCUUUGGUGUUAUAGUUAAUAAACCAAAGACUAUUUAUAAGCAAUUUCUUUAAAUAAUUUUCACAGGCAAUGCGAGUAAAAUUUUAUUAGUGAAUUAACCUAAAAGUUACCAUUAUUUAAAAUGUAUUUUAAAUUACCUUUGUUUUGAUAAAAGUACCCACUUAUCUACCUUAUUAUAAUUAAGAUUUCAUUUAAGUUAAAAAUCAUUAAUUAUGUAUAUUAACAUUAUUUAUUUUGAACGUGCUAUGUAAAACUAUACAGGGUGUUAAAAAAAGAGUGUAAAUUAUUUCUAAGGCAUAUUGAAGAGCCAAAAAGAAGACGAAAAGUUCUUUGGCGUUUUUCGAUCUGAUGAACCCUUAAUUAGUUAUUAAUUAAAUAAAGUUGCCAAUCACAGGCUUGCUUUAGCAGAAUGAGUAGAGAUGCGACAAACCAAAAAUAAUGUCAGAAAAAAUUAACAAAAACACUGACAGUGACAGCUAUACAAUUAAGGUCAAUUCACACCAAUAUCGGACUUCUACAAAAAGUUUUUUAAUUUCUAAUUUUAGUAUUUAAAAAUCUACAAAUUGAUUAUUAAAAACUUUUUUAUUUGUAUUUAAAUUAGGUGCUGAAAAUAUGUUCAGCACCUAAGUUGAUCAUAUUAUGAGCUUCCAUAUGGUUUUUAUUGUUAAUUAAUACACAUUACAUUUUAGAAUACUAAAAUAAAAAAUGAAAUAAAAAUUAUAAAAA